GAAGAAGUCAAGAAUACCAAAAACCAUGGCGGCAUGAAAUUUGUCAGCUGUGGGACACCGUACAUGUAGCUUUCCUGUGGAACUCCUAGUAGACAGUCUGCAGUAAGCAGUAAGAUGGAUACUGGGGAGGCUCCUGCUCAGCGGCCAGUCACCCUGGACAUCACAGUGGAGGAUGUAAACAAGGACGCUCCAGGCCCCCCGCAGCCAGACUCAAGCGAGACCCCUUCCAGAGACAGCGUCCUGCCCCAGGAAGACAGUAUCGACCUAGGUGGGGAGUUUGCCACCCCCCAGGAGGACAGCAGUGCCACACCUUCUGAAAGCCUGAUGGACAAGCUCAAUGACCAGAUGAUGGAGAGUGUCAUGAUUUCUGACUCACCCAAUAACAGUGAGGAGAAUGAUGUGGCUCCUAUUGACUCUUUUCUGGAUGGAGGGGAGGAGGAGAGUGGAGGAGAGACCUCAGGAGACAAAGAGGAACAACUUGAAACUGGACAGAAUACAACUGAGAUUAAAGUUUCUGUGGAGGAACAGGACAUGGAUGGUUCUGAAGAGAAAGUAGAAGAGGACACAAAGAAGCAGGCAGACACACAAGAGGAAGACACGGCCCGUGUUUCACCUCAAGGUGACACACAGAGCCCAUCUGAUCUUAAAAAUGAGGAACCAGCAGCACAGUCAGCCAGUGGUACUAGCCCAAAAGAAGAACCUGUACCAGUGUGCACCAUAUUCAGCCAUGGCACUCAGCCGAAGUCUCUGGUGCCUGAUGGCUUCCAGCCCACCCUUAUCAAGUCUCCCAGUUUUAGCAUGGGGAGUGGUGGGGGAAGCGAUGAGGCGGUGACCCCCAGCAAGCUGACAGCCCCCCUUGUGUGCCAGCCCAGCCCCAGCCUCAGUAAGUUUUUCACUGACAAUGGGCAGACCAAUCCAGCUUCUGACUUUUUUGAUUCCUUUACCACCCCGUCCUCCUUCAUUUCCGUUUCCAAUCCCAACGCAGAGAUCCCUUCAGGUGCCAGCCCUGCACCCAUAGCCCCUACCCCUGAUCGCCAGCUCUCUUCCACUUCUUCCUCUAUUUCCACUGCUGGAGGAUCCUUGGACUCUGGUACUCCCACCCCUAGCACAGUGUUUUGCCCUGCUCCUACCGAUUCAACCGCCAAGCCCCAACCUCCUCUUCCCCAAAUGGUCCCAGCUCCAGCGCAAGCCCCCGCCUCAGCCCCAACUACUCACCCACAGCCCUUCAACCAACUGCAAGCUGUAUUCUCGGGCAAUGACGACCCAUUUGCGACAGCACUGAGCCUGAGCGAGGUGGACAGGCGCCACGAUGCCUGGUUGCCAUCUGAGGAGACCAGGAAGAUGUUGAUCUCUGUGGCCACCCAGCAGUACAGCCCAGCUUACAUAGAGUCCAACAGACUCACAAUGCCUGGACUCAAGUUUGACAACCUACAGGGUGAUGCUGUGAAAGACCUAAUGCUUCGUUUCCUGGGAGAACAGGCAGCAAUGAAGCGACAAGUUCUCACUGCGAACUCUGUGGAGCAGUCCUUCACAGGCCUCAAACAGCUUGUGACCAGUAAGAACUGGCGGGCAGCUGUAGACCUGACGGGCCGGCUGCUGACAGCUCAUGGUCAGGGAUACGGAAAGACUGGCCAGCCAACAUCCCACACCACUGACUCACUGCAGCUUUGGUUUGUGCGGCUGGCCCUUCUCACCAAGCUGAACCUUUUCCAAAAUGCUGAGCUGGAGCUUGAACCCUUUGGCAACCUGGAUCAUCCAGACCUCUACUAUGAGUACUACCCCACAGUUUACCCUGGGAGGAGAGGCUCCAUGGUGCCAUUCUCCAUGCGGCUGCUGCAUGCCGAGCUUCCCCAGUACCUGGCCAAGCCCCAGGAGGCUCUGGACCGCCUGCACAAUCUGAAAACCGUCUGCCUUGUUAUUCUGGAGAACUUGGAGAAAGGCUUGGCUGAGGAUGGCAGCAUGAUCACUCUAACCCAGGAGAACAGGCAAGCAUCUCUUAAACUGUGGCAGUCUCGCCUCAGCCGGGUCAUGUACUCCAUGGCCAACUGUCUGCUGCUGAUGAAGGACUACGUUCUGGCUGUGGAGACCUAUCACUCCAUUAUUCAGUAUGAACCUCAGCAGAGAGUGCAGCUGCUCAGUGGUAUAGGACGCAUCUUCUUGCAGAUCGGAGACGUUAAAACAGCAGAGAGGUACUUCCAGGAUGUGGAGAAAGCCUGCCAGAUGAAAGGGAGCCAGUCCAGUCACACCACAUGCAUGCUGAUGAACAGGGCCUUUGUCUACCUCAGUCAGAACAACUACGCUGAAGCACAUGCAUCCUUCACUGAAGUCUUAAAAAUUGACCCAAAAAACCCUGUUGCCAACAACAAUGCAGCAGUGUGCCUGCUGUACUUGGGCCGUUUGAAGGAGUCCCUAGGCCAGCUGGAGGGUCUGGUGCAACAGGACCCUGCGCUUUACCUCCACGAGAGUGUCCUCUUCAACUUGACCACGAUGUACGAGCUGGAGUCAUCUCGUAGCACCCAAAAGAAGCAGGCUCUGUUGGAGGCUGUGGCCUGUCGAGAGGGGGACAGCUUCAACACACAGUGCCUCAAACUGGUCUAAGAGGGCAGACCAGGAGGGGGACUGGGAGAGGACACACACUACUGCAUUCCCCUCCCUUGUGCCUCUUGAGUGGACCCCCCCCCCCCCCCAGAGCAAAAUCUACCUACCAGCUCCUCUAAAGCUCACUGAUUCACAAGUUAAAAAUUGUUAGUUUGAUCUGGACUAAAGCAGAUGUGUGAAACGUUGCAGCUAGAGGGAGUUAUCUACUAGACUAUUUCUUGACCAGGCCCAGUGAUUUCCAGAGGUUGCCAAGCAACAGGCAGAGACUCGUUAAAGUCACUGCACCCAGAGAAGAAGUAGGAGACUGAGGGGCCGCUACGACCUGCAAGGUGAGAGUCAUAUGACCAACGGGGAUUGCUGUUAAUGAGCUAAUCAUAACUUCCUAAUCUGCUAGCAUCUAACUGUGGACUGCAAGCCAUUGUCAUAAUGUAAUAAUAAUCUUUUAGACCGUGAUGACUGCGUGUUUAACAGUGUUUUAUUAAAUUUUACGGAUAGUAGGAAUUCACAUUUACAUUUUCAUUAUCUGAUAUUUCUACAAACAGACAUUGUGAACAGAACUGGUGAAGAGUCUUUCACUACAUAACACACACACAGAGCUGUAAAAGUUUUUUUAAAUUUUUGGCAUGAGGUUGUCUUUAGCUUGCUUCUCUGAUAAGCCCUUUCACAUUUGAGACCUUUGUUCUGAUUACACUUGAAUCAGUGAUAAGGUACAUCUUUGUCAAAACUAUAUACUAUAAUAGAAGGGAAAGAAUAAAGAAAUGUGGUAGGUUCAUGAACAAGAUUUACCCUAUUUCUCCCUUUGCUGAUGAGUUUCACAGUUUUUUUCAGGGGCAAUGGUAUUAAGCACUUCUCUACUUAGUAGUUUAGUACAAGUUGACCGGUUAGUAAGGUUACUGAAAACUAGCCUACUGAGUGGCCCUUACCUUGCAGGUCAUAGCACGUAGCGGUCUCUGAAGAAUGUUUCACCAAGAAACGGUCCAGCACUUGACAUGGGCAUUAACCUGAGCUUCAGUGUCCUUUAAGACUAAUAAAUAUCCACAGAGGUCCUACUCAACACUCCCCCGUCAGCAGACACCUGUAAUACUGGAUUAACUAUCAAAGACCACUCAGUUUUCACAGCAUGUUUCUACCAGGUUUAUUAACUCAUGCAGUGAAAAAUAGAUAUUCUCAGAUUGCAUUGUAUCCUGUAAUCUUAACAAAAAAAAUCAUGUAAAUUAUUAGGAAUCCAAAAUUGUACACAGUAGAUUUUGUUUAAAUUAUUAUAUAAAAAUGAUUGUUUUGUUAAAUCUUUUAUUGAUUUGUCAUGGUUGAUCUUUAAUUAUCACUGUUUACAUAUUGUGUUGAUCAUAUUUAUGUAUAUUAAAAAAAGGCAUCUGGUUUUACCUGGAAUAAAACUGUUGUUUUAAAUCA